UCUCUAUCUCGGUCUAGUUGGAAUUGUUUCUGAAAUCGAGCUGAAGGUAAUGAAUUCAGGAAGUUCAAGUGUUUUUUUUUUUUUUUAAAGAUUGUGUCGGUACGAUUUUGGAUAAGAAUAAGGACGAAGUGUUAAGAAUCUGUGCAGUGAAGAUGGUUUGAAUAGUGAACGUAAUCACACAAUGGAACACGUUCAAUUGAUUAGGCAGAUAAAAACAACCAAGUGCUAUUACAAAAUUCUUGGUGUGAAGAAAAAUAGUUCCGCUGAAGAGAUUAAGAGGGCUUAUAAGAAACUGUGCCUAAAAGUUCACCCUGAUAAAAACAAGGCUCCAGGUUCUGCUGAAGCAUUCAACAAAGUAAACAAGGCUUUCAGAUGUUUGAGCGAUGAUACUUCGAGAAGGAAAUAUGAUCACACGGCUUUGGUUGAUCAGUAUCAGUACAACCAACAGCAGAAGGUAAGGCAUAGGAGAAGUGAAAUGAAUCAUGAUUCGUCUGAAAACAAAAUUGAUCCUAACGGAGGUAGGAAAAGCCAACAGAGGACUGAAAAAUCUGAUGGGGGAGGUCCCAAAUUUUUUAUCAUUCUUCUAAUGUUACUAUUGUUAAUUUACUUGUUGGCAUAUAUGCCAUUUCGAGAGCCUGACUAUUCUUUGCAUCAAAAUCUAUCCUAUAGUAUUCCUAUGGCUACAGAGAAACAUGGAGUGGAAUUCUUUGUCAAAUCUUCAAAUUUUGAUGUAAGAUAUCCUCUUGGAAGCCCAGCUCGAGCUGAAAUAGAAAAUAGUGUGAUAAUGGAUUAUCGAAACCUUGUUUCGCGUUAUUGUGAUGUAGAACUCCAGAGACUCCAGUGGAAUAAAAAUCUCCCAACUCCUCAUUGUGCGAAGCUGAAUAACCUCGAGGUAGCAUAAAGAUAAAUGGGGUUCUUUCUUUUCUUAGAAGUUAUCUUUUUGGAGAUAAUUAUCCAUCUUUUGUUGCUUGUAACUUCACUUGUUAACCUUGCUUGGAUAUAGAAGCUUUUGCAUCUCAUUUUGAUGUAUGUGUCUGAUUCUGACAAAGAAUUUGAUAUUAUUACAGUCUGUAGGAAGCUUUGUUGAAGAAGGUAUUGUAGUUUUAGAUCCUUUGUUUGAACCUCAAACAAACUCGUGUAAUAUCAUUUCCUUUUUAAUUAUUUUUAGUUUCUACUAA